GGGCGCGGCAGCACCGCCCCGCAGCGAGCGGCAGAUUUGAACGGGAGAGGCGGGCAGUGCGGAGCGGAUACUCAGCGCCGCGGCCAUGGUGGAGGGCCCGGGCUGCGCGCUCUGCGCGGAGAGGCUGCGGGCGCGUGUGCGACGCGGCCAGGCGGUGCGGAGUGCGCGGGGUAGCGCCCUGUCAGCUGGAGCCGGCGGCGCGACUACUGCAAGUGAGGAGAGAACCUCUGGUCACACUUCCCUUGUUGGACAUGUUUACAGGGGUGUGGAGACAUUGGGAAAGGAGUUUUUUAUGUAUUUUGAUCAGAAAGCUUUGAGGAUUCACUUCGGUAUGAAUGGUUCCAUGCGCAUUAAUCCUGGUGAAAGCAAAGACAGAAAUGGAGCACCACCAGUUUUGGAGAUACAGCUUACGGAGGAUACUGUUUGUUUUUUUGAGGUGACAGUAGAGUAUAGAAAUGCAGCUGAGAGUGAGCAGAAAGUGAGAAUGAUGGAAAGCUUAGAUGUCUGUUCUCCAAAGUUUAGCUUCGUAAGAGCAGAAAGUGAAAUUAAGCAGCAGAAAACCCGCAUGUUGUGUGAUGUGUUACUGGAUCAAGCAGUAUUACCUGGAGUGGGAAAUAUCAUAAAAAAUGAAGCUCUUUUUGACAGUGGUCUUCAUCCAGCUGUUAUGGUUUGCCAACUGACAGAUGAGCAUAUACGUCACUUAGUGAAAAUGACACGUGAUUUUACCCUGCUGUUUUAUAAGUGCCGCAAAACUGGGUCUCCACUCUACAAACACUACAAAGUAUACAAGCGCCCAGCCUGUGGGCAGUGCAAUGGGAAGGUCACUGUGUGUCGCUUAGGGGAGUAUAACAGGAUGACUUACUUCUGCUCUCGAUGUCAACAGGCGGAUCCCCAGCUUGUCAAUGUUAGCAAACUGCCAACUAGAAAUAGCCUAAUUGGCUGGGCAUAUGGCAGGGGGUCAUGUUCUAAUGAACAUGUAGCUCAGAAAUGUGAAGAGGAGUGGACGUGUAUGCGCUGUACCCUAAUAAACAAGCCUUCUGCUGAAAUUUGUGAUGCCUGUUUGACUUCAAGGCCUGAAGUUCCAAAGAUGAAGAAUGCUGAAGAUUCUGCAGACUUUAACAUAAGCUUAAUGAAGUACCCUUGUAAUGAUUUCAGAAAACCAAGCACAGAAAUAAAGAUCAAUUGCAAAGCUGCAUUUGGAACUACAACUCUUGUCCUAACAGAUCUUGGUAACAAAGCUGUUUCGAGAAGUGAUACCCAAAUAUCUGAUAGACACUCUCAGUGUGUUGCUCCACAAAACAAUUGUAAACAAAUCCAAAACAAUGUCUACAAGUCAGGGGGAAGCACAGACAAGGAUUGCUCAACACACAGAACUGCAGUGACUUUGUCUUCCUCACAGCAACCUCUCUCUUUCAAACACAUACAGAAGAAGCAGAAAACUGAUCAUAUGCCUUCAGAUCACCAGUAUAAUAUAGCAAUCAGCAAACCUCAAGCUCACGUGACAGAUGAUAUUAAUGCGUCAAGCACUGGCCAUCCUCGCUGCAGUGAGCACAGCCGUCUGUGCAGCCUCAGAGUUGUGAAAAAGGAUGGAGAGAACAAGGGCAGGCAGUUUUAUGCCUGUCCCCUACCUGGAGAAACUCGGUGUAACUACUUUCAAUGGGCUGACUUGAAUUUUCCAUUUUGUAACCAUGGCAAGCGAUGUAUUAUGAAGACUGUGUUGAAGAUUGGUCCAAAUAAUGGAAAGAAGUUUUUUGUGUGCCCUCUUGGGAAGGAAAAACAGUGUGGCUUUUUCCAAUGGGCAGCAAAUGGGCCAGGUAUGCAGGUUAUUCCUUGAUGUUGAUGUUCUAGUUAUCUGCUCCUUCUUAAGUGCAUACAACUUUCCUAGUAAUUUCUGGUUUGUUUUUGUCUUUUUCUUUGUUGACUGGUUGAUUACUAAAAUGGCUCCAACAAUGUAAAGAACUGCAGAUUUGGAAAGAGUAAUUUUACAUAGCCUUACAAAAAUUUAAGACUGCUUGUAUGCUGCAUACUAUUUUGAAAUAAACGUCUAGCUUGCAAUAUAUUGUGAUACACUGUUAUAUUUCUGAAAAAAAAUUGAACUGUUUUCUUUUUUUAUGUAAAUGUCACUGCAGUUUGACAGCACUGCAUACUUUCAAGCAUAUGUGAGAUUUAUAAAGAACUUCAUUAAAAUUUUAAAUUGGUAGACUUUUUAAUGAAUGUAAACGUGUUUAAUAAAAGUGAAUAAAAAGACAAUACACUCUUUUUAAUGCCACUUCAUGCUUUACUUCCUCAGAGCUUAACAUGAAACAGCAAUGGACUGUACUCUUUCAGUGUUACCAUAGUUGAAUGUGUGACCUUGCUAGAUUUAGAAAAUAGAGACAAAAAUUGUCUUAAAUGAAUUCUAUGACUUUGCAGUUUUCUUAAUUAUAUGUUUUUAAUCCAGGCCUUAACAUUUUAUGCUAGUUGCUCCUGAAUUUUUUCUCCAAUCUAUGUGAAAUGCAUAAUACAAUCAUACCUCUUAAGUGGUUAAAACUCAGUUUACAUUUGCUUGUCUUACCACUAUUUGAUGAAGCAAGGGCAAAAGUAAAUAGAAUAUGGUAAGCUCUCAAAUGUGAAGUAAUGCAGCAACAGAGUUCUUCAGGUUUUUGGAGCAUGUACUAUAGAUAACAAGGAAGAUAAAAGUAAUUAAGAUACGGCCGUAAUUUCAUAAAUUAUUGAAUGACAAUCAGUUUUUAAUGAAAGUAAUGGGAAGUAGUGUUGUUUCCCAUGAAAAAUGUGUUAGACUAAAUUGGUUUAAAAGCUUCUUCUAAAUGGUCUUAGUCUCUGUAAAUACUUCAAAAUUAAUUGUGACAUUUGAGAGCUAUCUGUUGUGUUGGGGUUUGGUGGGGGGAUUUGUUUGUUGUUUGUGUGUGUGUGUAUUUUUGUGUGGUUUUUUUGUUGUUGGGUGGAGUUUUGUUGUUGUUUAUUUGUUUGUUUGUUUUUGCUGAGGGGGGAGAACUAUUUCAUUUUCUUGACAAAGUUGUGGAACUUCAGCCCAAUUUAAAUCUUCCAUGCUGUGGUACAAGUGAAACCUAUUAAUUCUUGUCCUAACCAACACAAAUUCAGAGGCUUUUUUCUGCCUCUUUUCAGCAGCCUUUGAUAUCUUUCAAAUCUCUUAAAACUUUCCUUAUGUGAAGAAAAUCUUUUCUAAUCAGAUUGUAGAAACUGUAAUCCUUAUGUUGGUCAAUAGAUUCAUUCCAAAUAAUACGUAUCUUUCAUGAAGGCUGUUAUUUAAAGUUGGGUACAGAACUCCACCUGAGAACAAAACAAGCUACUUCACGUGGUGAACACUGGCUUUCCAUUGCCAUCUUUUUAUAUGAUGCUUGUUGCAAUGAUAUUUCAUUGCUAGUUUAUGCUUAUACAUCUAAAUCUUUAAAGUUGCUGUCUAAACAGUGCCUUACUUGUAUUCGUACAAUUGAUUACUGUGAUAAAGUGCCUGAUCAUUUUCAAAUUGUACAUGCUUUUGGAUGUCUUACACAGGGAUAAAUCUUCAGUAGUUCAGCUAAACAUGAAAAAUCUAAAAGAAAUGCAAGCAUUUUUAUCACUUGCCUUCAACAAAUGUUAAGAUCUCACUGAAGCAGGAAGUUAAAUGACUUUUUCAAACUUUGACACUUCAAAUAGAACAAUUGGGCUGUUAUGUAUUUUUUUUAUCUUAACAUCCAGACAAGAAGUAUCUGUUUACAUAUAACAUGCACAAGUUUUAAAGGAUUACUUGCUUUUAUUAGCUACUGUAAUCACUUUCCUUCUGUUCUUAUAUUUCUAGAACUUGUUUUGUCUUUCUAAAAAAUAGUGCAUAUGUGAUAUGGAAAGUUAACUUUGGCAGUGGAGCAGUGAUAUACAAAGUCUCUAAAGAUGCAAAAACUGAAUUCUCUAUUGAAAUAUGUCCUCCUUAAACUAAACUAAUGAAAAGUGUUGAGUAAAAUAUUUUGUCCUUAUCAUUGGUUCAUCUAUUUAACAAGUAAUUUCUUCCAAACUUUGAAUAAUAUAAAAGCAUGAAAAAUAACCUACAUUAAAAAUUGUACUAUUACAGUAGUGGAAGUUUCAUCUUGAAUAAAAGUUGUAUUCUAUUUUUAAAAAGUGACUUUCUGUAUCACCUUGUUUCUGCUCCUUUCAGCCUAACUACAAAUGUUAGCAUGCAAUAACUUGUAUUUAUCACCGCAAACAUAAUAUAAUAGGCUAGCAUAGGCUAGCCAGUUGAAGUAACCAGAUCUGGCUACAGGUAAGUAGGUUGAGCAGCUGUACUUCACUACUUACCAGUGAGAUUGCAAAUUAGAGAUUUUAUGAAGUCUCUGAAUGUGCAUGAAGUUGCAACAACAGGUUAAGAAUUCUAAGCAUCUAAGUCUCUCUAAGUAUGUUUCAGAAUGAUUUCAUCACUGACUGAUAUCACUGUUUUGGACAAACAGCUAGUUCAGGAAAAGAAUAUUUUUCUCAAAUAAGUUCAGACAAGAGAUGUCAUCUAGCAGGUAAAAUGUAAAAAAAUGAGAGGAAUUCUGAAAUGUAUAAAAAUAAAUUUAAGAAGUUUAAUUAGGAAAUAAGGCAGGAGCCACAGGGCAAGAUAUGGCUACUAAAGAAGUGCAACAUGAAAGUGUUGUUUAGAGAAUAAAUAUUUAUGGAGAAAUGUUUAUUUCAUAAACAAAACUUUACAUUUAGAAAGUAGCUUACUGCCUAAGGCUCAAAUUAAACAAUUUGUGGACUAGUACCUCUUCCAUAAACCUCAAGAAAGUAGGGUACACUACUAUCAAGGGGAACUUAACGGCUUUUUUAUAUUGUUAAGGCUGUUAUGAUAUACAUUGCAUAUUAUAAAUUAUUUAAUUCUAAUCUCAUGUCUCCCCUAUAAAUACUGCCUAUUUAAGCUACAAACUUCAAAAAACAUUUGGAGUGUUCACUUGGGCAUCUAUUUUGAUGGGGUGGUAUAUUUCUAUCAGACUAAAUUUGCUUAAGCUGUAUCCUGGCUGUGGUAUCACAAGGUGAGAAAAGGCAGAAAUGGAAAUAAUGAAGGGCAAGGACACUGAGCUCAUCACAGUGACCUGGAACAUGGAGGAAUCUGACAUGUUUGCACUCCAAUGAAGGAAGAGACUAAGCAAGAGACAGUGAAUUCUAAUUUGCCAGCUCGUUCUGCAUAACUUACUGCUUUUGCAAAUGCCGUUGUUUGGUGAGUUUGGUUUUUUGAACAUGUUUUGGUUUUGUUUUGUUUCCCUGUUUUUGUUUUUUGUUUGUUUACACAUUUUUUCUCUUUCUCUUAGGGGCGAUAUAACUAUGUAACAUGUUUAACAAGCUGUGGCUGAUUGACAGAUGGUUAUAAAAGGUUUUGGUAAAAAGCUGGCAAGAAAACUUAUCUUGGAAUAGAUCCCCCUGUCAGCUUUUCAAAAAGAAUCUGCAACCAAGGGUGCAAAACAGUAGACAGUAAUACACUCUCGUGUUUGCUCAAGAUAGAAGUCCUGAUUUUUCAGCUUUUGACCAAAUAGUUUACAAUUUUUUUCACACUGGUUCAUCUAUUAAAGUGCAAGGGAUGCAACACGCUUAUUUCAGAUUUGUAUCUGGCUUACACAUUUUAAUGGCUCUUGUUGUAUACCAUCAACUGCAAAGGCUAAAAGGAAAAACAAAGCCUAAGUUAAAAGAGAGAACUGCCUGUCCUGAACAUUUUUUGUCAUUUGUAUUCCUCAUGAAAGCCAAUGUAGAUAGCUUUUAAAAAACAUAGCCCUUUUUAAAGGCCUUUGGGUUCUGACGUAGAGUUGUGGUUUCAACCUGUACCUAUACCCAGGUAAGAGAAACGGGCUGUAUGGCCAGUGCCUACAGGAGGCUGUUCGGACCAACAGGCUCACAUAGCGCCUUUGCUGAACGCUCUGAACCAGGCGGUGAUGGCAGCUCAGUAGUAAAACACAGCCUUCUGGUAAACCUGACUUUGAAGUGCUCUUACGUUUUUAGAGGGCUUUUUUAGGUAUUAACAUUACAAUGUGAUGGCAUGACUUGUAACAGAAACCUGCCUUUAACCUUGUGCAGAAAAUACUUUUUCUGGUUUCAUAUACCACAAAGUUAACCUCAUAAAGUGCUGUGAACUUGGCUGAGAUGCUACAUAGAAAAAUGUGCUUAGAGGAUCAAAUCAAGGUCACAGAAGUUGUGAAGUAAAAAUUUUAAACCUAGAAAAUGCUAAUGCCAUAACCAGCUGCUUCUUUAUGGUAGCACUUUAGUUACUAUUUCAGUUUAAGUAAGUUUAGACAGAUUAUAUCUUUCACUUUAAAAGUAACAUUCAUUUUCCAAUUUGUGACAUUCUGGUUAGAAUCAACAGAUUUCAUGCCUUUAUACCCUUAAAAUACUUUUAUAACCAGCUAUUUGUUAAAGACAGAUGUGCAUUUUUCUUAAUGCAUACAUGCACAUCUAACAUUUGAUGGCAAUACAAAUUCAGCAAACAGAUUGAGGGCUGAAGCAAUGGUCUUCACUGAGGGAGCAAUAAAUUUACACUGAAAAAUAUGCACUCAGAUUUUGAGACAUGACUACAUCACAGCUGUGACAACAGACCUUUACAAUUAUGCACAUUUCUGCAUCCACCUUCCUGUGUAAAGUGGUGGUAACUCUCACUUGUUUUUCUGCAAUGGAAAACAUAAAUAAGAAUGUUUUAGCUUGGUGAGGGAAGGGUAGUUUCAAGGAAGUGGAAGAUGCCACCUUUUCCUUAAUGUCUGUAUGAGUGCUCAUUAUUAGUGGCUACAUAUCUUUCACACAGAAUCAAAAGGUAUUGCAAAGUCUAUCAUGGACUUCAUGGCAACUGUAGGCCUUCUUUCUCUCUGAGCAGAAUCUCUAGAAGAUUUAAAACUCUUUUCAAUGUCUUUCUUGUACCUUUCUGCACUGUGCAAUUAAACUUGCUGUCAACUACACUUGUAUUGACAUUUGCUGAUGGCAGCCAGAGUUCAGUAUCUGGUUAACUUAAUAUGCUGUGUGUCUGUCUUCAUUCCUCUAAUGUCUCAAAGGUUUUUUAUUAUGUCCAGUUUUUACUUGAAUAUUCAAAACAUACAUUCAAAAUCCAUUUAGAAAAGUGCCAUAAUUUAUUUUAGUGGAACAACAAAAUAAAAUCCAAUCUAAGGAGAGAACCCAAUGAUAAAACUACUUUCCAGAUAAAGGCUUAUUAAAAAUGCAACAAGCACACUUACCACUGAGUAGACCUGAGUGUACACAGUAUUGUGUAAACAUAGUCAGCACUUUAGUUAUUUAAUUUACUGAAUUGCCAUUCCUACACAAAGUGCAGGUCCCUGCAGAGUUUGUACUCUUCAUGAUUUUUAUUAUAAAAUCAACAGCAUGACUGUCUUCUAGCUAUUAGUUAUGUGCUAUGAUUGUACUGUGAAAAGAUCAUAACACUAGUAAUCUUUUAAUACUAAGAUUUCAGCUGAGACCUUAACAGAGAGUUGGUAAAGAAAGACCUCUCAGAAGGCACUGACGAGCAGCAGAGCCCACCUUAAAAAUGGUAUGAAACUCUGUAUUUGCAAACAGUGAGGGGGAAAGUGAAGAAAAAUUUCCACUGUUUUGGCCAAAGAAGGCCCAUUUGACUGGUUUGGCUACAGAUGGAGCUGAAACCUAAGUCCUUCCUUCAAAUACCACAUGUCUAUGUGGUCUUUUACGCCAACCUGUAUUAGUGCUAUCCAUAUUGCAGAUCAGCUAAACAAAUUAAGUGCAAUCCAAAUGCCUUAUGCUCAGAUUAAACAGGCCUUAAUCUCAGAUUAUGAGUAAAUCCAACUGCACAUUUCACUAUAUUAAAAACUAGCCCAUGCUUAGAUUUUGCUGACAGGUCUGUGCUCUAAGUUGAUUCCAGCCAGCUCCAAAAAUACAGUACUCAAAGUGGGCCUCACCACAGCAGCUUGAGCAUCACAUCUUUGGAUAAGAACUCAUUUGUAUUCCACUAAUUUGUAUUUAUGCAUAGCAAAUGCACAUUAAUGAAGAAAUUAUCUUAAACAUACAAAUAAGUGUUUCAAAAUCUCUUUAGAAAAACACUGAAGUCACAAAAUAUAAAUAGAAGCUUAAAUUCUAAUUUUCGUUUCAAAUUCAAACUACAUUUGAAGAGCAAGUUUACAAAAUAAGAUUUAAAUGCAUAGCAGUACUGCAAAGCCUGUGGAAGUGAAAAAAAAACAAACGUUUGGCAAAAGUUCCACUCUGAGGGCAAAGAUGGUGGGUUGCACUUCUUAAGGAUGGUAUUACCACAGGAAGAGUUUUUGAAGGUAACAGUGUAAUUUGCUUUAAUUGUAACUGAGAACAUUUAAGCAAAUACUGGGCUUUGGAGAUGGAACAGUAUGAAAGUAAAAAAUGCACUCAAUACCAGAAUGCACAAGCAAGCUUAAAAUCCAUUUGUGCACAGAAGAAAUUAGAAUAAUGCACUUAUCGUUAUUGGUUUUCUUUACCUUAUCAUAUACACAGAAUAUAUAGUUUAUCCUUUGCUUUCUCUGAUAGCUCGUGUUAUUUGCACUGUAUUUGCCACUUCUCAGCUCCUUUCUAAAGUUCGGUCCUUACCUAGAAUUGCAAUACUACACAUCUUCACCUAGAAACAUAUGCAAUGUUUCACAUUACACUUUAGUUCAGCUUCACUAAAUACAAAAUAACUGCCUCCAUAAAAAAGCAGCCUUUUAGCAAAUGCUUUUCUUAAAAACAUGAACUGACUGCAAGUGGACCAGAACAAAAUAUUUACAAUUGCAGUAGCACAACUUCUCAACGUUUUGUUUUAAUAAAAUUGACUUCUCUAAUUCAAAAAAUGAUGACUUUUUUUUUUUCCAUAAAUUACUUAGGAUCACUGUAAGUAGGUUAAUCCAAUCUGAGAUGCUAAGAGUAGCAGCAACAAAAUACAGGAAGAUCACAAUAAAGACAGAGGGCUUCAGAAAAUUACCUUAAAAACUUUGUUAGAGAUUUGCAACCAUUGAAAAGGAAUUAGAAGUCAAAAAAGUAUACAAUCACACCAGAAAAAGGUUUUACUUUUUCUGUGGAAAUGUAUUAUUAAGUUGGUGCAAAAGUAAUUGCAGCUUUGGACCAUGAAUUUUCAAUCAUUAUAACUAGGCUCAAACACAUCUUUAUCAAUCAAAAUAGGAACCAUUAACAAUCAGCACAUUUUUGCCAAUGAGAAAUAAGUUUGUCUACUCCUGUAGUGUAAAAAUCCAUGCUUCAGGAUUCAUCAAAGUCUUGGAAAGCAUUUUCUGCACCCUGCUGGUUGUAGAAGCAUUUUCCCUACAAAAAGUUGAGACGCUUGAAGAAGUAGUAGUCAGCUGGCGAGAGGUCACAGUAUCACAGUAUGUUUGGGAUUGGAAGGGACCUCAAAAGAUCAUCUAGUCCAAUCCUCCUGCUGGAGCAGGAACACCUAGGUGAGGUCACACAGGAACAUGUCCAGGCGGGUUUUGAAUGUCUCCAGAGAAGGAGACUCCACAACCUCCCUGGGCAGCCUGUUCCAGUGCUCUGUCACCCUUACUGAGAAGAAGUUUUUUCUCAAAUAUGGUGGUGAAUAUGGUCAGGUGAAUAUGGUGGUUGAAGCAAAACUUCUUAGCCCAAUUCAUUCAACUUUUGAAGCGUUGGUUGUGUGACCUAUGGUUGGGCAUUGUUGUGAUGAAUUGGGCACUUUCUGUUGACUAAUGCCGGCUGCAGGCAUUGCAGUUUUUGGUGCACCUCACUGAUUUGCUGAGCAUACUUCUCAGAAGGAAUGGUUUUGCCAGGAUUCAGAAUGCUGCAGUGGAUCAGACUGGCAGCCCACUACCAGUGACUGACCUUUUUUUGGUGCAAGUUUGGCUCUGGGAAGUGCUUUGGAAGUUCUUGGUCCAACCACUGAGCUGGUCAUUGCUGGCUGUCAUAUACAAUCCACUUUUCAUUGCAUGUCACAAUCCAAUUGAGAAAUGGUUCACUGUGUUUGCAUAGCAGAAGAUGACACUUCAAAACGAUGAUGUUUUUGAUUUUCGGUCAGCUCUUGAGGCACCCACAUAUUGAGCUUCUUCACCUUUCCAAUUUGCUUCAAAUACCGAAUGACCAUAGAAUGGUCGACGUCGAGUUCUUUGGCAACUUCUCAUGUAGUUGUAAGAGGAUCAGCUUCGAUGAUUGCACUCAAUUGGUUGUUAUCAACUUCCGGUGGACAGCCACUAUGUUCCUCAUCUUCCAGGCUCUCAUCUCCUUCGCAAAACGUCUUGAGCCACCACUGCACUGUAUGUUCGUUAGCAGUUCCUGGGCCAAAUGCCUUAUUGAUGUUGCGAGUUGUCUCCGCUGCUUUACCACCCACUUUGAACUUAAAUAAGAAAAUGCUCAAAUUUGACUUUUGUCUAACAUCAUUUCCAUAGUCUAAAAUAAAUAUAAACAGCAAGUAAUAAGUCAGCAGCAAAAAAAAAAAAUAACACAAGAAAAGCACAUUAAAACAAUGUAUAACAUAACCACAUUUAUUUAAGAAUGUAUUCCAAUAUCAAACAGCAAAUUUCAACAAUGCAAAAAACGCAAUUACUGUUGCACCAACCUAUAAACAUGUCAUCCUGGUGUUGGCUACCUGAAGUUCUUGGAUUCCCACAGAGACCAAUAGUGACAAAGAUCAGGUGAUCAAAGCAAGGUGGAACUGUUCCAAGUAUCAUUCCACAGCCUGGCUUUGCUUGUUUGUACAUAGCAAUGCAGAAUGAAACAUAUGUAGAAAAUCAAUUCCAUACUCUUGCUAGAAAACUAAUCAGGUACACAGAUACUACAGUAACUAAAGUUUCAUCUGUCUAUAUUUUGAUAAUUAUAACUUGCUUCAAUCAACUAGAACAGGAAUUAUGUGGUUAUGGGUUAAAAUAGGAGGAAAGUAGUUAUGGGACAAAACAGAAGGUGAAAUUUAGGCAGGGAGGAAAUAAAACCCUGGAAAUGUAGCGUGCACAAAAGGAGGAAAAACAAACAAAAACCCAACAACAUGGUUUGAAAACUAACCUAAAACUUUAUUUAGCAAAUCCCAGCUCACUAUGUGAUGCUAGUUUGAAUGUAAUGAGUUAGGUACUGCAGUACUGAACUCAGGCCCUAAUAACAAUCAGCUGCAAUUCAAACAACUUUUUUUGUCCCCUCACUGUUCUAUGCAACCUAGGUUUGGGUGUUAGCUAGAAUAAAUCAAUUUCAAAUUCAGUUUAAAGCCACUGAUUCAUUGCACAAGAUAGACUAACUUUAUUAUUUAUUUAUUGUUAUAUCAAUACAUGAAGCACAUGAAAAAAUUCAAGCACUUGAACUUUGUUACUUAAGUCUCCAGAAGCCAUAAAAAGCCUAUCUUUAAUAUAUCCAUUUAUCUCCUGUGAAGUCUCUUCAAAAUAACACAGUAUGCAGGACUGACAGCUUUGAUGGUAAUAAAUACUGGAAAAGGCCAUUCCUGAGAUAGCACUAUUAAUCAGGCCACACUCAGCUAUUUUGUCAAAAAUACCAGUCAUUGUGUUAAUUGCAAGGUUUCAGGUGACAAUCAGCUUGCAGGCUCUGCUGAUUGAGAUGGAUCUUUUAAUGAUAGCUUAGGUGAUUAUAUUCAGUCUAUAUUUACAGAUUGCUUAGGCUGCUUGAUUGAAGGCAUUACUGAUGAAAAACUUGUAACUGAGGUUGGGAUUGUUUCCUAGGAACAAGAAUGACACUGGGCAGACAAGAAAAUCUGCAGCUCUCAGCUUCUCUCCCUUCUAUGGCCGUGCUGCAGGCCCAGCCCCCGGCUGCCAUCAGGCUGCAAGUCUGCUCAGAGGAGCAAGUCAAGAACCAUUCAUACUAGCUGUGAAAUGCUAAAAGAGCACAACUGCUUCAACCUCAAAAAUAAAAGGUACACCCAACUAAAACUCACACUGUAUUUAAAAUCUAGUUAUUUAGAAUUAUCUUGUUUUCUUGAAAGCAGCAAAGUUAGGGAAUACUGUUCAUAUCCACUGAAAAUAUUGUUGCCUAGAUGUUGCAAAAUAAUAUAAAGCUUUUGCAUUGGAAGCAGACAGUAAGGUCAACAGGAAUGACCUGCAAAUGCCCUUUAUUUCCAUUUGCACCUAUUUUUUGCCAUAGUGAUAAAUAUAUUGUAAUAAUGAUAAUUUAUUCUAUGAUAAUUUCUUCAUGGGCCUGCCAACUGCCCCUAAUUCUUUACUCUGGCACACGAACAGUACAGGCACUUUUUUUUUUUUUUUUUUUUUUUAAUAUUAGUUUCUUUUUGAACUGAAAAAGAGAUUAUUUUUCUAGAAUUUUUUGAAGACUCCCCAGAUCAAGAUUGAGUUCAAGAUAGUCAAGAGUCAGGAAAAUAUUUAUCCAGAUUGCAGAAGAAAACAAAAGAACUCCCAUUUAUUCCCUGCAAUAAGAAUGAAUAUAGCUCUUACAAUUGUAAAAUAUCAGCAAAUAGAUAAAUCUCGUGUGCUUGGCCAUAUGGUUACCAUACAUGGCAAUGACAAUCUCCGACCGAAAUCAGUGCGCAGUACAUACAAUCUUCAGGGUGGAACGCUGCUUUACCAGGAGCUUACUCUGAAGUAUUGCAUCUGAACACAGCUCCUGGUAAUCCCUUUUGGUAAGGCUAAACUAAACGUUCUUGGAUGCAAGAUUUACUGUUCAGUAAUUAUUUACGCAGGUUGCAAUAUCAGUUAAACUGUUCUCCCAAGGAUAGGCUGCUAACAUUGCCAGAACUUCAUUAAAAACAUUCAGAUUUGUCACUAGUGUAAAAGGAAAAGAUUUGUAUUGUCCUCCAGACACAAGGGAUGGCAGGCUUGAAAUGGUGAUUGCAUAAAAGGAAAGAUUCAGACACUUACUACUAUGGAAAUUUAAUAGAUGAGAACUUACCUCACUGAUAGAAGAUUCUUGAUGUCAGAAAUCUAUAUUCUUUAUUCACCAGCAAGUUGUCCUUAAUGUCCUGUUCUUCUUAGUGAACUGCUCAGGAAUUUAGCCCGUUUUCCUCAAGUUUUGCUGGUGUUCAAGGAAUGCUCACCAGAUGCUUGGUACUGUGUACAACCGAACCAGCACUGGCUGAGGAACAGACAUAUGUCAGGAUGUAUAUCCUUGUGGAAUCUUGCUUCCAUCUUCCUAGAGAAGCAGAUCUUCAUGUGCUAUCUUUCUUACCAUCUCUGAUUUCUUACUGAAACUCUUUCACUUUGUAUAAAUUACUUGCUACUUAUUACAGGAGAAUAAGGAAGGAAAGAGUCUUUGGCCUCCGUGUUCUAGGAUAAUCAGGCAGGUUACAACUCAUAAACUCACUCUAGCCAUCUGCUGAGCAGUUUUCAGUGUGUCAGCACUCCUGUUAGAUUAGGCCCUGGAGUUAGAAGAGUCAGAGAAUCACAGAAUCACAGAAUCGACUGGGUUGGAAAAGACCUCAGAGAUCAUCGAGUCCAACCCUUGGUCCAACUCUAGUCCGUUUACUAGAUCAUGGCACUAAGUGCCAUGUCCAAUCUCAAUUUAAAAACCUCCAGGGACGGUGAGUCCACUACCUCCCUGGGCAGGCCAUUCCAAGGCCUGACCACUCUCUCUGUAAAGAAUUUCUUUCUAAUAUCCAGCCUAAAUUUCCCCUGGCAGAGCCUAAGCCCAUGCCCCCUUGUCCUAUUGCUAACUGCCUGGGAGGAGAGACUAACCCCCACCUGGCUAUAACUUCCCUUCAGGUAGUUAUAGAGAGUGAUGAGGUCACCUCUAAGCCUCUUCUUCUCCAGACUAAACAACCCCUGCUCCCUCAACCUCUCCUCAUAGGUCUUAUGUUCAAGUCCCUUCACCAGUCGUGUUGCUCUUCUCUGGACCUGCUCCAGCACUUCAAUGUCUUUCCUGAACUGAGGGGCCCAGAACUGAACACAAUACUCCAGGUGUGGCCUCACCAAUGCAGAGUACAGGGGAAGGAUCACUUCCCUUGUCCUGCUGACCACGCUGUUUUUGAUACAGGACAGGAUACCGUUGGCCUUCUUGGCCACCUGGGCACACUGAUGGCUCAUGUUGAGCUUCCUGUCAAUUAGUACCCCCAGGUCCCUUUCUGUCUGACUGCUCUCCAGCCACUCUGCGCCCAGCCUGGAGCGCUGCAGGGGGUUGUUGUGACCAAAGUGCAGCACCCGGCACUUGGCCUUAUUGAACUUCUUCCCAUUGGAAUCAGCCCAUUUUUCCAGUCUAUCCAGAUCCCUCUGCAGAGCCCUCCUGCCUUCCAGCAGGUCGACAUUCCCUCCCAACUUGGUGUCAUCAGCAAAUUUGCUGAUGAUGGUCUCAAUCCCCUCAUCUAAAUCGUCAAUAAAGAUGUUAAACAGGACUGGACCCAACGCUGACCCCUGGGGAACACCACUAGUGACUGGCCGCCAGCUGGAUGCAGCCCCAUUCACCAGCACUCUCUGGGCCCGGCCCUCCAGCCAGUUCUUAACCCAGCGUAGAGUACACUUGUCCAAGCCACGGGCUACCAGCUUUUGCAAGAGUAUAUUAUGGGAGACAGUGUCAAAGGCCUUGCUGAAGUCCAGAUAGACCACAUCCACGGCUUUCCCCUCAUCCACCAGGUGAGUCACCUGAUCAUAAAAGGAGAUCAGGUUGGUCAGACAGGACCUGCCCCUCCUAAACCCGUGCUGGCUGGGUCUGAUCCCUUGUCCAUCCUGAAGGUGCUGUGUGAUUCCAUUCAGGAUGAUCUGCUCCAUAACCCUGCCAGGCACCGAGGUCAGGCUGACAGGCCUGUAGUUGCCAGGGUCAGCUCUGCAGCCCUUUUUGUGGACUGGGGUAACAUUGGCCAAUUUCCAAUCAUAAGGGACCUCCCCAGUGAGCCAGGACUGUUGGAAGAUGAUGGAGAGCGGCUUGGCAAGUUCUUCUGCUAGCUCCCUCAUCACCCUAGGAUGGAUCUCAUCUGGUCCCACAGACUUGUGAGGAUCCAGAUGGCUCAGUAAAUCACCAACUAUUUCCUCCUGGAAUACAAGGGGCCUAUUUGGCUUCCUAUCUCUGUCAACCACCUCCAGAGAUGAAUUGUCCUGAGGGCCACCUGUCUUACUGGUAAAAACUGAGGCAAAGUAGGUAUUGAGUACCUCAGCUUUCUCCUCAUCUUUGUUAACUAUAUUUCCCUCAAAGUCCAACAGAGAAUGGAGGUUUUCCUUGCCCCUCCUUUUGUUAUUAACAUAUUAGAAGAAGGACUUUUUAUUAUCCCCGACAGAACUGGCCAAAUUAACUUCAAAUUGCACUUUUGUUUCCCUGAUUUUUUUUCUGCAUGAUCUGGCUAUUUCCAUAAAUUCUUCAUAAAUAGCCAGCCCUUUUUUCCACAGUCAGUAAAGUCUCUUUUUAUUUCUGAUUUAAUUCAGAAUCUCUCUGUUUAGCCAAGCCGGUUGUCUUCCCCGCCGGCUAGCCUUUCGGCACACUGGUAUAGCCUGUUCCUGUGCACUCAAAACUACCUGCUUGAAGCAUGUCCAACCCUCCUGGGCCCCCUUGUUUUUAAGCAUUGUUUCCCAGGGUAUGCUCUGAACUAGACUUCUGAAUAGGCAAAAAUCUGCCCUCCGGAAGUUCAGCGUAGAGAUUUUGUUAAUGGUUCUCCCUGCACCUCUGAGUAUUGAAAAUUCUAUUAUUUCAUGGUCGCUAUGCCCCAGGCAGCCUCCAACCACUACAUCUCCCACCAGCCCUUCUCUGUUUGUAAACAGUAGGUCUAGCGGGGUCUUGCCCCUGGUAGGCUCAUUUACCAGCUGAUGAAGGAAAUUGUCCUCUAUACAUUCUAGGAACUUCCUAGACUGCCUCUUCUGUGCAGUAUUGAGCUCCCAGCAGAUAUCCGGCAGGUUAAAGUCACCCACAAGAACAAGGGCCGUCGAUUUUGAGACAUCUGCCAGCUGCUUGUAGAAUAAUUCAUCUCCUCCAUCGUCCUGGUCGGGCGGUCUAUAACAGACACCCACGAGCAUGUCAGCCUUGUUGGACUUCCCUCUGAUUCUGGUCCACAGGCACUCAACCUUGUCACUGCUUGUUUGUGUGCAAGUGACACACCUUGUCACUUGUCAAGUUUAACAGAGUCGAGUGACUCUAACAUAUAAAGCCACCCCUCUACCUCUCCUACCCUGCCUAUCUUUUCUGAAGAGCUUGUAGCCACACAUAGCAGCACUCCAGUCAUAUGAGUCAUCCCACCAUGUUUCUGUGAUGGCAACUAUGUCAUAGUUUUCCUGCUGCACGAUGGCUUCCAGCUCCUCUUGUUUGUUGCCCAUACUGCGUGCAUUAGUGUACAUGCACUUCAAGUGGGCUGCUGAUUUCCUUCUUAAUUCGGGCUUUCCAUGCUUAGGCUGAUCUUUGGAGAGCUCAGUUUCAAUCCCUUCCCCCUUCAAACCUAGUUUAAAGCCCUCCUGAUCAGCCCUGCCAACUUAUGGGCUAUAGUCCUCUUGCUCUCCCUAGAAGGAUGAAGCCCAUCUAUUGGGGAGUGGCUUAAGGAGAAAGGGCAUGGUGGAGAUACCGACCCCUUGUAUUAAGAGAAAUGUUUUAGUCAGGAUGGGUAGGCCCGGGUAGGCCUCAGUUAGCAUGAGGGUGACUAGGCAAGUGGAAAAGUACUGACCGAAAGUAACAGUGAGAUAAAGUGCUGACUGUAGGUUACUGAAGGUCACAGAACAGCUUGUUGUAAGCAACUUUGUGGAAGUGUAUUCGGGAGGAUAAGGAACUAGCAUACCAGAGAAAUCGCAAGUAGGGCUGAGCUAAUCUGCUAUGCACUCCAAUCAUAUAAUGACUAGUAGGCAUAAUUAAUGAUAACAGUAUAUAAGCGAGCUGUAUCCGAUCAAUAAACGGAGUAUGCUUAUCACUCAUAUUGAGUCGACUGCAUUUCUUCCUCCGCACGCGGGUCCUGAACUCUGAAGCGUUUCCCAACAUCUGGCGCCCGAACAGGGACCCGUGCUGCGGAUUAGGUUGUGGAACGGCGCCGGUUUGGCAGCGGCCGGCGGGCAAGAGCAACCGAACACUGUGCUGCGGUGUGUUGACUCCGACGCCUGAACCGAUUGAAGUUUGAAGUUCGCCGUAUACGGGCACACUGGAAGGCUGCAAAGAGGUUUUUUGAGCUCAAGAAGAGGUAUUUAUUUAUAUUAUGAGUACAGAGGUUAUGGAUUUCGAGGUGGCCCUAGAUAUUUUACAAAGCUUUUUAGAAAAGCGAGGGGUUAAUUAUAGUUGCGUUAAACAGCUAGCUGGUCUAGUAGCAACGGGGAAAAACUAAGGGGUGUUUUCAGGAUCCUGAUUUAUUGUUUGAUGAAGGAGAGUGGAGGAAAUUAGGGGACGUGUUGUGGGAUAUGGUCAUAGACGAGGAUAAAACAGCUAAGAAACUGAAGAAACCGUGGAGGGAAGUAAUUAAUAAUAUUAAGCGUCAUAAAGUGAAAAAUAAUUUAGCCGCGGUAGCUUCACAGAAACUCGGCAAAAUGGAGCCUUCCGCUCCGCCGAUGGAAACGGGCAUAUCUGCGUUAUCAGCGAAGAACCUUAAAAGACUAUUAACUUGGUGCAGAGGCAAUAGGUAUCCUGCUGACCUGUCAGGAGUUUUUCAAAUAGAGACUUGGAAAAAGAUGGGAACUGUGUUGUGGAAGGCAAUCAGUCACCGCGAAAGAUAUAUUCUCGGCCUUGUAACCAUCUGGAAACUGAUAAAUACUACAAUGAAGCAAUUAAAACCUGAAAAGACUGUUACGAGCAUUAGUGACUCAAAACUUGAACUUUGGGACAGUGUAGAGCAGAAAUUAUGGGACAAAGUCAGCAAUGGACAUACAGAAGCUAAAUCAUUAGUAACUACAUGGAAGCUUGAACGGUCUGCUGCUGCCGGAAUUUUUGCAGCGUUGCAGCCUGAUAAGUAUCCUGAAAGUUGCGGUGAAAUUCACCCGGUUUGUGUCUGCGAUACCCUCCCUAUGCAAUCCCCUGCUGUGCUUUCGGCACCCCCGAUGGUUCAGCAGCUUGCUGCGGGGGGAGGAACAAUGCCAAACGGUUAGCCUCCUGUACCAUCAUCUAACCCUGGUGAGAACAGCAAGUCCAGAGGAUUGGUGUCAGACAACUUACUCAAAGAACCUGUGAAAGCUGAGAAUGCUAAAGUCGUAAACAAGUGUACUAUCAGUUCCUUUUACCAAUUUUGCCAAUCUGCUUUUCCUGCAUUUUAACCCUCUAACUUCCACGAGAGAACAGAAGAAGUCACUGAAAAUAGAACUGGACAACAGAACUGUGUGACAGAUUAGAUCAGUUAACAGCAAGUGAAUCUGACAGUCGGCAAUGUGGUCAUGAUAAUCGUGACGGGAAAGGGGGUGCUUCUGGGGACUCGGGGUAUAAAACUUAGAAGUUAAGGAAGCACUAGUUUUGGAAUUGGCAGUAGAGAAUGCUAAAGUUUGCUAUCAACAUGUUAUUUGUGAGUUUUACAGUGCAUAUUAUGUGCUGCUGUUUAUUGCCUCUCUGAAAGUCAAGCAGCUUGUCAGGAAUGUGAGUUAAUUGUUUUACUGGUUGUUGUUAGAACUGUUUCUUUGUGGUAUAAGUGCACCGUAAAACUUUAUCUCCACUUUUCCCACUCACGCUGCAAGCAGCCCUGUGCUUUUCCGUGGGGUCAGAAAUUACUGUUUUCAGUCGUGUUCAUAAAAAAUCGGUAUUGGGAGGUGUUUCAAAACAUAGGGAAGCACUUGGAAAUAUGAGGAAAGAAGAUCUUGUAAAAUAUUGUAAUUAAUGGUGGCUGCUGUAUAAGUUAAAUGAUUGGGAAAAGUGUCUGGGGAAUAGAAUCUUGAAGUAUAACACCUUAUUGCAAUUAAUGUUGUUUUUAGGGUGAGAAGAGUAAGACAAAAUAAAUCCCUACAAGAGAUCAUUAAAUCAUUUCAGACAGCUGAGAGAGAGUUAACUGAUAACACGCAGGUCACAGUAAACUUGCUGAAGUCUGCACAAUGUUUUCCUUAUUAGCCUGUUUUCUUUGUGGGUAUCUGUUUAAGCAUGUUGCAAUUUUGGUAGGUCUUUGUUAUAUGGUACAGUAAGUUCACAGACUGUUAAAUCAUGAGAAUCGGUUGACUCAAAAGGUGCGUUUUGUGAUAGUAUAAAAGAUCAUGAGUAAUUUAGCUCCUUACUGCAUGAACAUGAUGUUAAGAUUUUAUGUGUAGUAGCUGUUAUAUUUUUUUUUUUUCUAGUGUACUAGCUUUAUUCCAAUAUCCAGACUUGCGCAACUCUGUGACAGGCUGUCUCUCAUCUCGGUGCACUAAAUUUGGCCUUUUUGUAUGCACAUCAAGUGAAGAAUCAUGGUUUUAGAAUAACAGUUGUAGCGCACCAAAUGAGACACUAAUAAAAGGCCUUGCCCAGUCCAGCUUGCUGCGGGGGGGGGGCGGAUGCCAAAUGGGGCUCCAGCGCGCACUGACCCAUUUUGUCAGGGAGACCCAGAGGUAUCUCCACCUGGCUGAGCAGUAAGCGGUUCAAGGUGCAAUGCAAAAAAUUGAGAUAUUGUCUUAAAUUGGUGUAAGUGUGAUUCAUCUGCUUAUUUGAACUUGGUAUAUGGUUUUCGUAUCUGAGCUCAGUAUUUUAGUUUGUAUAUUCAUAUUUGGUACCAAAAGAAUCUUGUUUGGGGAGAUAAUUACAAUGGGAACCGGUUCCACUGCUAAAAUUCCACCUUGCUCCCCCUUAGGAUGCAUCUUUACACAUUAAAGUAAUCGCUUAUAUUGUUAGAAGAGCAUUUAAAUUGUUAAAAUACUAUGAUAGAUGUGAACUUGGGGUAUUGUAUGAAGUUAUGAAGUUGUAUUUAAAGGUUGCUGGAAUGUGAACUGAUUUGGAUCUAGGACAAUAGAAUAAUGGAUUUAUGUUUAUUAUACUGGUUUAUACUGGUUUUUUUGACAUCUCUAAAUUGUAAAAGGUAAAUGGAGCUAAAGAAUGUGACUAUUGCUGAGCUACUUGAAAUUGCAUAUAAAGUGUAUUAUGGCUGAAAUGAAAUGGGAAAACAAAAGAGCAAAAUAUCCCAGGCCUGUGUGCAGCUCACUGUAACUGAGAAGUUUCCCAGAGCCUCCUACUUCGUACCAGCCAGUGUGCCAGCUGCGUGACCUUGGUUAUAUCUACACUGCACAGAAAGAAAAAACAACUGGAAAAACGUGGCUGCCCGCUUUUAAAGCAGUGAAAGGGGGGGUUCUCUCUCCCCCCACUGCAGCGAUGUAAUACUGAAUGGAGCCGUCCGAGGGUGAAGUUUAAAGGCAUCCUGAGCAGACCCGUAGUUUUAAUUAAACUGGACAAUUAAACCAAAAAUUUGUUGAUGGACUUAUCCUAUGGUAAUUAAUUGUACGAGACUUCUUAGUAAAUUCACCAUGCUAGUCUUUGAGGACAUGGGAGACAACGAAAGAAAGGCCGUUUUUGAGACAAACGGAAUGCCAAAUAUGGAACAAAGUUUUAAUACGUGAAUUCUUGUAUUUGCCUAAAAGUCCUAUACCUCUCUUGGGUCAGGAUUUGUUAAGUAAAUUGUAAGCUCAAAUAACGUUUUCUGAGAAUUCUGUUUAGUUGCAUAUCCUACAGGAAGGUGCUUGGAUGGUGCAGAUCUGCUUGUGCAAGUGAGAAAUCUUCAAGGAACUUAGCAGCCAAUGUUUUUGAUAAAGCAAAUACUACCCUGAGAAAUCUGAAACAGGACUUCAAUCCGGUAAGGGAAAAUAAUAUCCAAUAAAUAUGACAGCCAAAAUGGAGUUAGAAACUUUGAGGGAUGAAUUUAUGACAACUUUACAGGAUGACUGCAUUUGAUUGGACUUACAGAUUUGUCUAUGAAACAACCUGUGGCUAUUGUGGGACAGUAUGAUGAGAAUGCUAACAGACUGAUAUACCAAUUGUCACUCUGAUCAAGAAAAUGCAGGGAAUGAAUUUAAGGCCAUGAUCCUUUUGUCAUAUAUGUACCAUUUGCGAAAUUUAAGGAACCUUUGAAUUUGAUUUGCGAUUUUGAGUACGUAGUCAAGAUCCAACACACGUAUCUGAUUCUGAACUGUGUUUUUGUUUUGUUUUGUUCGUUUUGUUUGUUUUGUUUUUUAAACAAAAAGGGGAAUUGUCAGGGGGGUUGUGUGUAGUGAGUCACUUGUAUCUAAGUGGUGCAGCCUGGGGUUGCCCUGUGAUGAAACACUUUGUAACUAUGACCCAAAACCAUGCUAAAUCAGAAAGAACCCGCAUUAGUUAUGGUCAAAUCACUAGUUAACGUUCAAUGGAAAAGUCCAUACCAAUUGAUAACCUGGGAGAGAGGUUAUGCUUAUGUUUUUACAGAUCAGGAGCUGCAAUGGUUGCCAGCACGGAACGUGAAACCUGUGUUAUCUUCCUGACAAUGAUUGUUGCAGCUGCUGUGUUUUGGAUGCAUGCACAGACAAAGACUAACAUGUGGAUUACUUUAGCCAACAUGACUGACCACCUAUAUGCCUAACUACGAUGUCUCUGGAAAAAACGUUCUACACAUGCUUGGUUGGUGUCUUCCUUGAUGACUACAGCAGCAUCACACGACUGUUUCAAAUAGUGGUUGAUGCAGAGGCAUUGCAACGAACUGUAAUAAUACUAACACGGCACUUUGGAUUAAUUGCCACCUGGAAGCAGACAUCGAACCACAGGAACUGGAAUUGCUGGCAUCUAUGCCCAUGGAUGCUUGUAUUCAGCCGGUUUGUGAAAAGUGUCAGAACAAUAUACAAGAACAUGAAUGGACAAACUACAAAAUGUUAAUGCUACCCUUGGUGACUACAGAAAUGAAACUCGACGGUGUAAUGCUUCACAGAAGAACGCAAGGGAUAUCAUUGACAGCGACCCUAAAACCUCCUGUAUGGUGUAUUCUUGAUCUGUGAAGAUAGAGCCUAACCAGGAAUUCCUUCUAACGCUGUUGGAGGACUGUGUAUUUUGGGACUAUUAACUCUCUUAACGUCCGAUGUAUCUAUGAUAAUAGAUCACAAAAGAGCAAGACGAGAAAAAUACUUUUAUGGAUUUACAGAAUAAGUCGAGAUCCAUCCACGAGGAGAUUAAACAACUUAUGGAUCAUACACAAAAGAUCCAGAAAGAUGUGGGCUUCUUUGGGCUAGAGGGGCUGUCAAACUGGUUUGGGUUAGGAGGAUGGUUAAAAGGGCUUUUGCAAAGUAUGCUUAUGUUACUUAUUAUAAUAAUUGUAGUAGCAAUGUGCAUAAGCUGUGCCUUUUCAUGCCUUCGAAAGCUUUUUGAACGCACCAUGAAUCAGGCAAUGCUCGCGCAAAAAGAAAAAGGGGGAAUUAUUGGGGAGUGGCUUAAGGAGAAAGGGCAUGGUGGAGAUACCGACCCCUUGUAUUAAGAGAAAUGUUUUAGUCAGGAUGGGUAGGCCCGGGUAGGCCUCAGUUAGCAUGAGGGUGACUAGGCAAGUGGAAAAGUACUGACCGAAAGUAACAGUGAGAUAAAGUGCUGACUGUAGGUUACUGAAGGUCACAGAACAGCUUGUUGUAAGCAACUUUGUGGAAGUGUAUUCGGGAGGAUAAGGAACUAGCAUACCAGAGAAAUCGCAAGUAGGGCUGAGCUAAUCUGCUAUGCACUCCAAUCAUAUAAUGACUAGUAGGCAUAAUUAAUGAUAACAGUAUAUAAGCGAGCUGUAUCCGAUCAAUAAACGGAGUAUGCUUAUCACUCA